AUGGCCACGCGCGACACCCGCCCCUGCCCGGGAUCCGCCUCCCUCCAUCCCGGUGCCCCCCCGGGCUCCCGGGUCCCUUCCAAAGCCCCCGGUGCCGCCUCGGUCCCUGCGGAGCCUCCCGGUGCCUCCCGUGCGCCCCGGGCUCGGCGGAGGCUCCGCAACAGCUCCGGGGCUCGGAGCCCGCCCGGGGAGCGCCGGCCCGAGGGACGCUCCAGCCCCAUCGUGCUGCUCCAAGAUGUCACCAACGUCACCAAUGUCACCGCCGCCCCUGGAGCGCUGCCCUCGCUCCGGGACAAACCCAAAACCAUCCGGGUCAUCACCAGGGACGUGAUCCGGGAGCUCAUAGUUCCCAGGGAUCGGCCCCCGGGCUCGCUCAUCCUCGGCAAUGAGGAAUUCCAGCGGAUCCAGGAGCAGGCUCAGCCCCCGCGGCCGCUCGCGGAUCCGCCGCAGAUCCUCAAAUCCCGCCAGGACGCGGCUUUUAUUUCAGGCUCCUCCAGCCCCAUCACGCAGCUCCAGGACGCGAGGAGCGCCCCGGGCCCGGUGCCUCAGGACAAACCCAAAACCAUCCGCGUCUUCACCAAGGACGUGGUCCGGGACCUCAUAGUUCCCAGGGAUCGGCCCCCGGGCUCGCUCAUCCUCGGCAAUGAGGAAUUCCAGCGGAUCCAGGAGCAGGCUCAGCCCCCGCGGCCGCUCGCGGAUCCGCCGCAGAUCCUCAAAUCCCGCCAGGACGCGGCUUUUGAGGCGCGCAGCCGGGCCCGCAGCGCGGAGCGGCGGCAGGAGGAGCAGCGGGAGGCGCGGGAGCCCUCGGAGCUGGGGCUGCAGCUGGAGCUCGAGCGCCGGGAGCUGCUGGAGCGCGCGGCCGGGCUCAGGCUGGAGCAGGAGGACGAGAUGCGGUGGCUGAACUCGCUCCUGCUCAGCGCCCGCUGCAGAUCCAUCCAGGACAGGCAGCUGGCAGAGAAGCAGCAGCUGCAGGGGGAGCUGCAGGCGGAGGAGCAGCGCCUGGUGCGGCUCCUGGACAGCGAGCGGGAGAAGGAGCUGCAGAUGGAGGAGGAGCUGCAGCGCCGCAGGAAGCAGGAGAUCAUCAGCCACAAGCUGGAGGUGCUCAAGCAGGUGGAGCAGCACCAGGAGCAGCGGGCGCUGAAGGCUGAGCAGAAACUCCAGGAGCGCCAGAAGCUCCUGGAACACCUGGAGCAGAUGAAGAGGGAGGAUCACGAGGCCUGGCAGCAGCGGCAGCAGCGCAAGCAGCAGCUCAUGGCCGAGAUGAAGGCGGUGGACGCGGAGAACCAGCGGCUGCGGCAGCGCGAGCGGGAGCGCGACCGGCGCGCCGAGCUGCGGGCCCUGGAGGAGCAGCGCCUCAAGGGGCGCUGUCACUGUCCCCAGGAGCGGGAGGUGGCGCUGCAGGCGGAGCGGGCGCGGCUGUGCCAGGAGCAGCAGCGGGAGCUGGACCGGCUCAAGGCCGCCAAGGAGCGCGAGCGGGAGUGGCAGGAGGCGCAGGAGGCUCUGCGCUUCAGGCGCAUGUCCCCGAUGUCCCCGCAGGAGGCCCUGCGCUUCAGGCGCAGUGCGGAGGCGGCGGAGCGCGAGUGGCGGCGCCGGGAGCUGCAACGGGAGCGGCGCCGCGCGGAGCAGCUGCAGGAGCUGCAGCGGGGCCGCCACGAGGAGGCGACAAAGCGGCGACAGCAGCGGGCGCUGGCACUGCAGCAGGAGCGCCGCGACUUCCUCACCCUGCUCGGCGCCCACCGGGAGCAGCUGGCAUGGGAGCGGGCACGGCUGUGCCAGUGUCACAGUGUCCCCAUGCCAGCGUCCCAGUGA